CUUCAAAUAAAAUUUGGAUAUUGCAGAUAUAAGUUAUCCUUUCUCACUUUUUGUGGCUGCUUGGUCUUUCUAUGAAUUUUAGGUUUAUCUUUUUUGAAAAUCUGGAUUGGUUUUUUAGUGCCUUGUUUUGGGCAUUUUGAUAUCUGGCUGAGUAGCUGAUCCAUUGAUUGCCUUAGGAGAGAGGAUGAUGCAAAAGAAUAUUUUGUGAAGUAUAAAGAGCUCUCCUAUGAUGAAUGUUAUUGGGAGUCUGAAUCAGAUAUAGCUGCUUUUCAACCUGAAAUUGAAAGAUUUAAGAAAAUCCAGUCCAGGUCUCACAGAGCUUCUGAUAGUGAGCAGAAGAGCACUGUUCGAGAAGCUGCUGUCUUUAAGUAUCGGUCAAAAAAAUUUCAACAGUUUGAACAUAGUCCAGAAUUUCUUUCUGGAGGCUCACUGCAUCCAUAUCAGCUUGAGGGGCUGAACUUCUUACAUUUCUCUUGGUCCAAACAAACUCAUGUUAUACUUGCUGGUGAGAUGGGUCUUGGGUAUUGCUUUUUUGGCAUCUCUUUUUGAAGAGAAUUUCUAUCCUCAUUUGAUAGUGGCACCACUUUCCACCUUACGGAACUGGGAACGAGAAUUUGCAACUUGGGCACCUCAAAUGAAUGUUGUUAUGUAUGUUGGCUCUGCCCAAGCUCGUGCAGUUAUUAUGGAAUAUGAGUUUUAUUAUCCCAAAAAUAAUAAGAAGAUCAAGAAUAGGAAAUCAGGUCAAGUAGUUGGUGAAAGCAAACAGGAUAGGAUAAAAUUUGAUGUCCUCUUAACAUCAUAUGAGAUGAUUAAAUUGGACACAACAUCACUGAAGCCAAUAAAGUGGGAGUGCAUGAUUGUAGAUGAAGGCCAUCAGCUCAAAAAUAAGGAUUCCAAGUUGUUUCUUUCACUGAAGCAGUAUACAAGUAACCAUCGUGUGCUUUUAACACAAACCCUUCUUCAGAACAAUCUGGAUGAACUUUUCAUGCUCAUGCAUUUCCUUGAUUCGGGGAAGUUUGGAAGUUUAGAGGAGUUUCAGGAAGAAUUUAAGGAUAUCAGUCAAGAGGAGCAGAUUUCUCGGCUUCAUAAGAUGUUGGCCACACAUCUCCUGAGAAGGGUGAAGAAAGACGUGAUGAAAGAGCUCCCUCCAAAGAAAGAACUCAUUUUACAUGUUGAAUUGAGUAACAAGCAGAAGGAAUAUUACAAGGCCAUUUUGACACGUAACUACCAAAUUCUUACCCGACAUGGAGGUCCACAAAUUUCUCUUAUUAAUGUGGUUAUGGAGUUGCGGAAGCUUUGUUGUCAUCCUUAUAUUUUAGAGGGGGUUGACCCAGAGAUUGAAGAUACAAAAGAAGCUUACAAGUAAAGUUACAUGUGUAUAUUUCCUUUCUCUAUAUAUUGUCAUCUUUGCUUUUAGACUGAAAUUCUUAUCA